AUGGUGGGAUCGGAUAGUUUGAAUGUUUCGCCUUCCCCGUCGCAGCAGAAGGAAAAGCAGUUGCCGAAGCAGUGGGGGGUGACGAAACCUUUGUCACCAGCGGGGCCCUUGGAGGUGGAUAUUCAGAGAAGCAAGGAGUUGGAGAAGUUUUUGGUGGAUGCGGGACUAUAUGAGAGCGCAGAAGAAGCUGCCAAGAGAGAAGAGGUUCUGGUUAGACUAAAACAGAUUGUAAAAGACUGGGUGAAAGCACUUACACUCGUGAGGGGGUACACUGAUCAAAUGGUGGAAGACGCUAAUGCUGUUAUCUUUACUUUUGGUUCAUACAGACUUGGGGUACAUGGCCCUGGAGCUGACAUAGACACCUUGUGUGUUGGGCCAUCUUAUGUGAAUCGGGAGGAAGAUUUCUUCUAUGGACUCCACAAUAUUUUAGCCGAGAUGGAAGAGGUUACGGAACUCCAACCAGUACCUGAUGCUCAUGUUCCUGUUAUGAAAUUUAAAUUUGAUGGAAUAUCAAUAGAUCUUCUUUAUGCAAGCAUUUCUCUUUUGGUCGUUCCUGAUGAUUUGGAUAUUUCCAAUAUGUCUGUUUUAUACGAAAUUGAUGAGCCAACUGUGCGGAGUCUUAAUGGCUGUCGGGUUGCAGACCAAAUUCUUAAGCUCGUUCCAAAUAUUGAGCAUUUCCGUACAACUCUGCGAUGUCUAAAGUUUUGGGCUAAGAGACGUGGUGUUUAUUCAAAUGUGACCGGGUUUCUUGGUGGUGUCAAUUGGGCUCUUCUUGUUGCUCGGGUUUGCCAAUUUUAUCCCAAUGCAAAUCCCAGUAUGCUAGUGUCUCGCCUUUUCAGAGUUUAUACACUAUGGCGUUGGCCAAAUCCUGUGAUGCUUUGUGAAAUAGAAGAUGAUGAACUUGGAUUUUCUGUGUGGGAUCCACGUAAAAACCCUUGGGACCGCAGUCACCACAUGCCAAUUAUAACACCUGCGUACCCAUGCAUGAAUUCUAGCUAUAAUGUUUCAACAAGUACGCUCCGGGUUAUGAUGGAGCAAUUCCAAUUUGGUAAUAAGAUUUGCGAGGAUAUUGAGCUGAACAAAGCUGAAUGGAAAGCAUUGUUUGAGCCUUACCUGUUUUUUGAAAGCUACAAGAACUAUCUGCAAGUUGAUAUCAUUGCUGCUGAUUGUGAUGACCUGCGUGCUUGGAAAGGCUGGGUUGAAUCUCGUUUGAGGCAGCUGACUUUGAUGAUAGAGCGGGAUACCUAUGGGAAAUUACAGUGCCACCCUUAUCCUCAUGAUUACGUAGAUCAUUCGAAGCAGUGUGCUCAUUGUGCCUUUUUCAUGGGUUUGCAACGGAAACAAGGAGAAGUUAUUCAGGAAGGUCAACAAUUUGAUAUUCGCCAGACUGUCGACGAAUUCAGGCAUCAAAUAAAUAUGUACAUGUACUGGAAGCCUGGAAUGGAAAUAUACGUUUCUCAUGUUCGUAGAAAGCAGAUCCCUGCUUAUGUGUUUCCUGAGGGUUAUAAACGCUGCCGACAUCCAAGGUCAAUGAGCCAACAGCAGCUUGACAAGGCUUCUAGUGAGGAUGGUGAGGCUUGCAGGACUGGAUCUGCCGAGAGACGCCUUAAAAGGAAAAAAGAGCUUGAAGAGAUGGAGAUGAAGCAAGAAAGUCUGGAAAAAAGACAAUCUAUUAGUCCUCUGAGGCGAGAUUCAGCCUCCCCCGACCUUCUUUGUUUAAGAAGUGCCAAUGCAUUGAAAGGAUAUUCCAUGAUUGAAACUGUGACUAUCAAAGAAAGGUCUCAAUCAUGCCAGCCUAUUGGUGGAAUCACUCCACAACUGAUCCCAUGCUCUGAAUCUAGUGGGGGCAAGAUGCAACAUCAUGAUCAGGAUGCGGAGGUGAAUACAAAUAUCACCAUAUCAAACCAAGGAAUGCACAAUGCAGAAACUUCCGAUGCUGGGUGCAUUCCUACUACAAAUAAUGGUGGCAACCCAGAAAUCAACGAUCAAAGGUUCUUACGGGGUGAUAUAUGCAAGGCUAAUUCAAAGCUCCGUUCGGAUAGUGGGCGCAAAAAUGUUGCUGGUGUUUUUGAAGACGAAUUAAGGGAGGAGUUAGAGGCUAAUGGGCAGCAUGGGAUGGUGCUGAACUCUGGAGAUGUAGUCGGCUCAGAACCUGUUCAGAAGACGGUGAUGAGCAGGGUGAGUCUUACAUCGAGUGCCUGA